AUGAGCAGCCUCCACGUGUUAUCACCACCUACAAUACUUUCUCGUCCAUUAUUAACAUUAGACCCAGAGGUUUUUCAUCGUCGUAUUCAACAACAAUAUGGAGCUUGGUGGGGACAAUUAAAAUUUGAAGAUUCUGCUGCUGAUCAUUUUGGUGAGGUACGACCAUUUCUUUACGUCGAUGAUCAUAUUGAUUUACGUACUCUGUAUGAUUUCAUGAUCAAUGAAUGGAAAUUACAAAUACCUAAUAUAAUCGUACCUAUUCUUAGUUCUAUCACACGUCACAAAUCAUUCAAAAAUCUUAAAAUGGUUGAAGCAUUAAAAGCAGGCAUUAAAAAUAUCGUAAAUGCAUCGGAAGUAUGGUUUAUAACAAAUGGCCUUGAUAUUGGUAUGCCACAAGUAAUUGGAUCAGCUUUUCGAGAUGAAAUUUCAUUUCGACAAGCUGAUGAUGCAUUGGCGAGAAAGAUGAAACAAACAACGAAAGAACAUAAAACAUUAACUUUAAUUGGAAUUGUUUGUGAUGAUGAAAUUAAAGAGUCUAUUGAUCUCCAAUCACCAAAUAACAACUUAAAAAAAGAAAUAAAUGUACCACCAAGUAAAUAUGAACAAUCAUCAUUAAACUGUGACCAUACUCAUUUUAUAAUCAUUCGUAAAUCACCGAUUGGUUCUAGUUCGACAAAUAUUUUAGAAAUAAACCCUAUAACAACCGAUACUAGUGAUAAAUUGUUAGACAAAGUAACUGAUUCAGCUGAAAGUAUUACAAAUAAAUUUCGCAAUCGUUUUGAAGCUUUUUUACAUCAAGAAGCAUUACAACAGCAAGUUAUAACUCCUGCCGAAUCACAACUAGCAACAACCAAUUCUCUACCAGUAUCAUCAAAUAAAUUUGGUUCAUCGAAUGAAGGUGGUUUUCCAAUGGUAUGUACCUUACUUCAUGGUACACCAGAAACAAUCGAACUUGUCUAUCAAAAAAUUCAACAAGAAGUUCCUAUUGUUGUUCUUAAAGGAACUGGAUCAGCUGCUGAUCUUAUUGCAUUUACUUAUGAAGACAUUAAUGCUAAAAGUAAAAAAAUAUCUGAAGAUGAUUAUUUAAAAGUUGAAUUAACUCGAUGUUUACUUGAUGAAUAUUCUGAAUUAAAAGAUAAUAAUCUUAAACGAAAUAAAAUUCGUAAUUAUGUUAUGUCAAUUGUUAAAGAAGCCGAUAAAAGUGGAAGAAAAUUUUUAUCAUUUGUUGAUGUUAAUAGUGCAACAGCAUCAUUAAAUAAUUUUCAUAAAUUGAUUCUUUCAGCUCUUUUACAAGGACAAAAACCUGUUACUGAUGAUAAAGUUAAUGUUGAAUCAAAACAAGAUGUUUUAUUAAAACAAAAUGAUAAAUUAAAACGAAUUAUUAAUUUAAAACGAAGUGCUCAAUUAAAAGGAAAUCUUCUUUUAACACUGGAUUGGAAUUUACCGGAUUUAGCUUUAUCAGAAAUUUUUCAACGUGAAGAUGGCAUGAAAUAUCCUAUAUCAGAAAAAUUAUUUGAUAAAGCCAUACUGGAAGAAAAUCUUGAAGCAUUUGUUGAUUUAUUUAUUGAGCGAAAAUUUGUUUUACAUAGAUAUUUAAAUUCAAAAAAAUUAAUUAGUUUAUUUAAUGAAGCAAAAGAUAGAGAUUUUUUCACAAUAACAUCACUUGAAGGACUUCUUAGUGGUUCAGGAGAUGAGAAAGUCCCAGACAACUUUGUUGAAUUGCAUUUGAAUACAAUUAUUCAACGUUUGACGGGUAUUAGGACUCUUUUUGGUAAAUCUGACAUGGAUUGUAAUGCUAUGGGAAUUUAUUUUGGUGAACAAUCCGAGAAAGGUGUGCAGAAACAAAAGAUAUUAGCAGAAGAAAAAGCUCUUCAAUAUUUAAUUAUUUAUGCUGUAUUAAUGAAUCGACAUGAAUUAGCAAAAAUUCUUUGGAAACGUUCGUUACAUCCUAUUCCAUUGGCAUUAACUUGUUAUAUGAUGUUUAAAGAAUUAGCACAAUAUUGUCACGAAACUUAUGUAAAAUCAUUAAUACAAAAACAAGCCAAAGAAUUUUCGGAUUUGGCUAUAGGCCUUCUUGAUAAAGCAUUCAAGGACGAUGAUACAAGAACACUUGCAAUGCUUAGUGAAGAACAUCUGGAUUGGAAUAAUAUGACAACUAUUCAAUUAGCUUAUCAUGCUGAGAAUAAGGAAUUUAUGGCACAUGCUGUUUGUCAAAAAUGGGUUACAAGACAGUUUUAUGGACAAAUAACACCACGUGAACUUUCAUGGGGAUUAUUUACUUGUCCAAAGUUUCUAAAAAUCACAUUGAGUGCUAUUCUUAUAUUCCCUAUGCAUUUUUGGAUAAAUUUUUCGCCUAUUGGUCAAGCAUCUUCAGUAUCGACAGAAGCAAGUGAUUCAUCAAAUAAAGGAAAACAAGAUGCAAAAAAAGAACCAAAACUUGAUGAAGGAAAAAAAUCAGCUGAACAAGUCGAUAAAGUAUCGACUCAAGAAGAAAAUGGUAUUUUUCAACGACUAAGACGUCGUUUUUGUGGUAGUACUGUAAAAAAACCCAAAACUACAUCUAAUGAAAAACAACUGAAUCCUUUUCAAAAAAUUUAUGUUUUAUGGUCAGCACCAAUAACAAAAUUUCAUAUAAAUUUUGUUUGUUAUCUUGCAUUUUUAUGUCUUUUUACAAUGGCUGUUAUGUGGCCAUCAUGUGGAAAUUUAUUACUUGAUUUAUUUGUCUGGCUUUGGGCAGCAAUAAUUACUUUCGAAACUGCACGUGUUACUUAUGAAAAAUAUUAUUCUCAAUGUAGUGUAUCUAUACAAAGAGCUGUAAUUGACACUAUUAUACAAAUUAUAUUUUUGGCACUUUUUCUUGGUAUUAGAAUAGUUGGUUUAUGGAAUUUUGGAACUUGUCAAGUUUUAGCAGCAAAAGCAAUCUUAGGUGUUGGAUUACUUUAUUAUUAUUAUCGAUUAUUAAUUAUUUUUUUACCGAUAAGUUCAACACUUGGUCCUCUGAUGAUUCGACUUCGAUAUAUGAUCAUGGAUGAUUUUGUAAAAUUUUUACAAUUAUUUGUGAUAUUUAUGAUAUCAUCUGGUGUUGCAAUAACAGCUGUACUUUAUCCACAUCAUCCAUUUAAUUCAGAGUUAUUUUCAAAAGCUUUCAUAUUUCGUGGUUUAAUGGCAUUAUUUACUAAUGAUAUGACUGAUUUAAAGAGUUCACGUGGACCAUGUUCAAUAAAUGCAACAACUCAGACAGAAAGACAAUAUGUUUGUCACCGAUUAUCUCAUGGUCUUUCGUUUAAAUAUGAUAAUUCCUAUGCAUAUAAACGAUAUGGAAUAUCAUCAUCAACUUGCAAUCAAACAUCAUGGAUAGCAUGGUUUUUACUUAUAGAAUAUUUAUUUUUAACUAAUCGUUUUCUUGGAUCACUUUUAACUGCGAUGUUUAGUUUAACUGGAGCAAGAGUACAAAACCAAUCUCAACAAAUUUGGAUGUAUAACCGAUACAAAAUUCUCAUUGGAUAUUCUAAACGACCAUGUUUACCUCCACCUUUCAUCAUUAUUUCUUAUAUUAUAAAUAAUAAUGACAAUGAUUCUAAAACAAACAAAUCUAGGGAUGCAUCAUCUGAAAAAGAUAUGGAAAAACAAAAUAAUGUGAAUAAAAACAACGUAGAAGAUAGUGGAACUAAUGUAUAUUGGAAAUUUAAAGCUAAAGAAUUUUAUGCUAAAACAAAAGAAGGUGAUAAAGUACAAGAAAAACUUGAUAAUUUAUCUAAGAGUACAACAAAUAUGGAAAAAGAUAUUGAUAUACUACGUAAAUCAUUACGACACAUGAGUGAUCGAGUUGUUAUAUCAGAAAAAUUACUAAUUGAUUCACAAAUAUUACUUGAAAAAAUUCAUUCAGUAAUUAAACAAGAAGAUAGAUCAUUACCUGUAUAUCAAAAAUUUAUUCAUAUGUUAUCAAGAGAAUCACCGUAUAUUUAUACAAAUGAAGCACGAUUUCCAAUAACACAGAAACAAAUUCCUUGGAAGGUUCCAUUUGACGUAUACGAUCCAACAGUAAUUUCAUUAUCAAAACAACAUGACUGUUUUCAAGACUAUGAACGACCAUUUGUUGAAUCUGAUUUAACUAUUGAACCAUCAAUGACAACAAUAACUGAUAAUACUACUCUAUUAAAAGAUUAUAAAUGGAAUCAAGUUGUUGUGUCACAACUGCCCGAUGGAAAAAAGAUCACAAUUGAUCGAAGAACUUGGAUUGCAACUUCUGAAGAUCAAACAUCUUCAGUCUAUACAUUAGAUAAUCAAACAUCUUCAGUCUAUGCAUUAGAUAAUCAAUUAUCAAUACCUCUGAAUCCUAUGGGUCGUACAGGUUUACGUGGUCGUGGUGCAUUAAUUCGAUGGGGACCAAAUAAAUUUAUUAUAGCUGUCAUAACACGAUGGAAAAAACAUCGUGAUCAAUUUGCUGUUGUUGGCGAACAAAGAAUUUUAGAAACUUUAGUAUUGAAAGAUAAAUAUACAAAUGAUUGGAAAUUACCUGGAGCAAAUAUUUUAGGUCUUGAAUCUUGUUAUGGUUCUAUAUGUCGUAGUUUUCAUGAACUUGUUUUUCAAGAUAAUGAUUUGGAAGAUUUUUCAUCAUUUCAAGAGCGUGAUAUGAUUGAACAUUUUAAAUCAUUUGCUCAUGCGUCUGCUGAUAUCUUUGAACCAAUUGAAUUUGAAUCUCAUAUGGUUUAUCGAGGAUACAUUGAUGAUCUACGCAAUACAGAUAAUGCUUGGGUAGAAGCAGAAAUAUGGAAUUUUCAUUAUGGUUCAAACAUAUUAGUUCCUAAUUUGCGUCAAGAUGGUAUGGCGAUAUGGAAAGAUGUGACGAAUUCUCGAGGUUUUCUUAUUCAAACAUCAAUUCUACAUGAAAUAGCACGAAUUCAUCACGGCUUUUUUGAAUGA